AGGGUGCAGCGCAACGGGGCCUGCUCGCACUCCGCCACCUCCGACUACGAGCUCUCGCUCGACCUCAAAAACAAGCAGAUCGAAAUGUUAGAGCACAAAUACGGCGGCCACCUCAUCUCCCGCCGCGCUGCCACCAAGAUCCAGACCGCCUUCCGCCAGUACCAGCUCAGCAAGAACUUCGAGAAGAUCCGCAACUCCCUGCUGGAGAGUCGCCUGCCACGGCGCAUCUCCAUGCGCAAGGUGCGCGUGCAGAACGCUGAGGGCUUCUCCGCUGAGCGGGCGCUGGCCGAAGGCUGCAGCCUGGCGGGUAUCCCCCUAGUGCGCUCGCCAUCACUGCCCGCCACAGUGGGCGGCACCCUGACCGACCUGGAGGACUCAUUCACAGAGCAGGUGCAGUCGUUGGCAAAGUCCAUCGACGACGCACUCAGCAACUGGAGCCUGAAGACCAUGUGCUCCCUCCAGGAAGGAGGGGCCUAUCAGUUCAGUGCAGAGUCCUUCAGUGCGGCCGGGGGAGGAGGAGAAGUGGGAGGAGGAGGGUUGGACCAGGCUUUUCUCCAGAGCAUAUCAGGUGGGGAGAAUACAGGCGACCUGCCCCGCAGCGCCAGCAAGCUGCUGAUGGCCUUCCGCGAUGUGACCGUUCAGAUUGACAAUCAGAACUUCCGCAUGUCCUCCUCCGUCAUGGAGUCAUCGGCCUCUGUCUCCAUGGGCAACUGCGUCCAGCAGCAGCAGGGGGUGCAGCCACCACCCCCACCAUGCCCACCUGAAGAGGAGCUAGAGGAGGAGGAGGGCCAGCAACCCCCUUGACCCCCUGGACAAACUAGCCAACCCACAGCCCCGGAGGUGGUCAUCCAGCCCGUCCAGCCACCUCAACCCCAGGAUGGUGCACCCUCAGUGGUAACCCCAUCCACCGAGGCCCUGGAGGCCAAGCGGAGCGGCUCGGAGACGGCUGAAACCAGUUCCGAGCAGAUAAGCUGCAGCAACAGCACUUCCAUGGAGGCACGCUCGGCAUCGGAGGCCUCAUCCAAGGAGGCCCUGCAGGCCAUGAUCCUCAGUCUGCCGCGCUACCACUGCGAGAACCCGGCCAGCUGCAAGUCGCCCACACUCUCCACCGACGUCAUGCGCAAGCGCCUCUACCGCAUCGGCCUCAACCUUUUCAAUGUUAAUCCUGAUAAGGGUCUCCAGUUCCUGAUCUCACGAGGUUUCAUCCCAGACACGCCCAUAGGUGUGGCUCACUUCCUGCUUCAGAGGAAGGGCCUGAGCAGGCAGAUGAUUGGAGAGUUCCUGGGAAACAGCAAGAAGCCCUUCAACAGAGACGUCCUAGAUUGUGUGGUGGAUGAGAUGGAUUUCUCAGGGAUGGAGCUGGACGAGGCUCUGAGGAAGUAGGCUCACAUCAGAGUCCAGGGAGAGGCCCAGAAGGUGGAGAGACUGAUCGAGGCCUUCAGUCAGCGGUACUGCAUGUGUAACCCGGACGUGGUGCAGCAGUUCCACAAGUUACUAGUUAGUUAG